AUGCAAUUACGUUAUGGUGAAGAUGGACUGGAUGGUAUGUGGGUUGAAGAUCAAAAUUUACCGGCUUUAAAACCAAAUAAUAUGUUGUUUGAAAGAGAGUUUAAGUUAGAUUUGAGCAAUGAAAAGCAGCUGCGAAGAUUGUACACAGAAAAUGUUAUCAAACAAAUUACGAAUUCUGCUGAAGCUCUUAAGAUUGUUGAGGAUGAAUGGCGACAGCUUCAAAUAGAUAGACAAACACUUCGACAAAUUUUUCCAAGACCAAGUGUCAAAAUUUAUCUUCCAUGUAAUCUAAAUCGUUUUAUCAAAAACGCACAAAAGAUUUUUCACGUUAAUCUUAGACAACCUGUCGAUUUGAGUCCGAUUAAAGUAAUCGAAGGUGUGCGUGAUCUUUCCAAGAAGCUUGUUAUUGUUUCGGGAGAAGAUUCAAUCAGUAAACAGGCACAAGAAAAUGCCACAAUUCUGAUGAACAUUUUAUUGCGAUCGAUGUUAUGUUCACUCAAAAUGGCCAAACAACAUAAACUCAAUGAAGAGGCUUUUGAGUGGCUUCUUGGAGAGAUUGAGACACGGUUUUGUACAGCAAUAGUUCAGCCGGGUGAGAUGGUCGGUGCUUUAGCUGCACAAAGUUUGGGUGAGCCUGCAACACAAAUGACUUUAAACACUUUUCACUACGCUGGUGUCUCUGCUAAAAACGUUACUCUUGGUGUGCCGCGUCUUAAGGAAAUUAUUAACGUUUCGAAGAAGCCGAAAACUCCAUCUUUGACUGUUUUUCUAAAGGGUCUUGCUGCUAAAGACGCUGAGAAGGCGAAAGAUGUGCUGUGCCGUUUAGAACAUUGUACUUUACGAAAAGUGACAGCUAACACUGCAAUUUAUUAUGAUCCUGAUCCUCGGAAUACUUGUAUUGAAGAAGAUCAAGAUUGGGUUAACAUCUUUUAUGAGAUGCCUGAUUUUGAUCCUUCAAAUGCUUCGCCUUGGUUGCUUCGUCUUGAACUAGAUAGAAAAAGAAUGGUUGAUAAGAAGCUUUCCAUGGAAGCAGUUGCUGAACGAAUAAAUCAAUCAUUCAAAGAUGACUUGCAAGUUAUAUACACAGAUGACAAUGCAGAUAAACUUGUUUUCCAUUUGCGGCUUAGUAAUGCAUCUUCGGAUAAGGAGGGCGAGGAUCAAUUAGAUAAGAUGGAAGACGAUCAAUUACUGCGAGCUUUGGAGCAAAAUAUGCUUAGUGAUCUUACUCUUCAAGGAAUUGAAUCAAUAGUUAAAGUUUAUAUGCACAAACCAAUGACUGAUGAUAAAAAACGAGUAACAAUUACAUCAGAGGGAGAGUUUCAUAUGCAUCCCGAAUGGUUACUUGAAACUGAUGGAACUGCUUUGCUUAAGGUGCUUGGAAUCGAGGCUGUUCGUCGAGCAAUUGAACGCGAGAUGAAUCAAGUAAUUUCUUUUGACGGUUCUUAUGUGAACUAUCGACAUUUGGCGUUGCUUUGUGACGUUAUGACUGCUAAAGGUUAUUUAAUGGCAAUUACUCGACAUGGAAUUAAUCGACAAGAAGUUGGUGCGUUGAUGCGAUGCUCAUUCGAAGAAACUGUUGAUAUUCUUAUGGAAGCAGCCGUUCAUGCAGAAGUUGACCCCGUUAAAGGUGUUUCUGAGAAUAUUAUGUUAGGACAAAUGUCCAAAGCAGGGACUGGAUGUUUCGACAUGGUUCUCGACUCUGAAAAAUGCAAAUUAGCUAUGGACAUUCCUGGAAAUCAGAUAGGUGCUUAUGUUGGAGGAGGCGGCUUCUAUACAGGACAUGAUGGACUUUCCUCGCCUUCUAGCUCCGCAAUGAGUCCGGCUGCAACGCCUUGGAAUGCAGGAGUAACACCUUCCUAUUCUGGUGGGUGGAGUCCUAUUGGCAAUGCAAUGACUCCGGGUGUGGCUUUCUCUCCAUCGGCUGCUUUCUCUCCAGCAGUUGGAGGAGCUUUUUCACCGGCAACUGCUAGCCCAUCAUAUAGCGCUUCACCAUCUUAUAGUGCUCUUCAAAGCCCAUCUUAUAAUCCAUCGUCUCCUCGUUAUCUUCCAGCAAGUCCACAAAUGAGUCCAUCAUUGGCUUCUCCACGUUAUUCGCCAUCAAGCCCUUCGUAUAGCCCAACAUCACCAUCAUAUUCACCAACUUCACCUUCGUAUUCGCCAACUAGUCCUAGCUAUUCGCCUACCAGUCCAUCAUACAGUCCAACAUCGCCAAGUUACUCUCCCACUUCACCGAGCUAUUCACCUACAUCUCCCAAUUAUUCUCCUACAAGUCCUAAUUAUUCUCCGACUUCUCCACAAUAUUCACCAAGCUCUCCUCGUUAUUCUCCUACAAGUCCACAGUAUUCUCCAACAUCACCGCGUUAUUCACCUUCUUCACCUCGAUAUAGUCCUACUUCACCUCAAUACUCUCCUACAAGUCCUCAGUAUUCGCCAAGCAGUCCUCAGUACAGUCCAGCCUCUCCUCAAUAUUCGCCAACAUCUCCACAGUAUACACCAACAAGCCCGCAGUAUACUCCUAGCAGCCCACAGUAUAGUCCAAGUUCACCGCAAUAUUCACCGUCGAGCCCACAAUAUAGCCCUAGCUCGCCACAAUAUUCUCCAUCAUCACCGCAAUAUUCUCCAUCGAGUCCGCAGUACUCACCUACUUCUCCACAAUAUUCUCCAUCGUCACCACAAUAUUCACCGUCGAGUCCGCAGUAUAGCCCAAAUUCGCCACAGUAUUCUCCGUCAAGCCCGCAGUAUUCGCCGGCUUCACCUCAAUAG